UUGGCAGAUCGUGCCAAGUAUCAAGAGGUCAAAGAUUCAAUGUUGUGAUGACAUCAUGCUGUACUUUGCCCAAUAUCAUGUGAUACGUCUGACUGGUAUUGCGCAUCCAUUUUAUCAAAAUGGCUUCAGCACUACUGAGUGGUGCAACCGAGAAUCUUUCAAAGUUUCUCCAGAAUUUAAAAGAAGAUCUGCAAUGCCCACUGUGCCUUGAUGUCUUCGAGGACCCCGUGCUUCUAACGUGCCAGCACAGCUUCUGCCGGGAGUGCAUAGGGGGAGUUACCCGCCCUCGCGACAACGGAUUAGAGGGAGUAGUUGAAUGUCCACUUUGUCGUAAGAAAACACAGCUUGACGCUACCGGUACGGAGUGCCUACCGAGAAAUUUCCACCUAGCUGGAAUCAUUGAGAAGUUUCAUGCCGCGGAGAAGGAGAGAGAAAAGUCAGAACAGCUGGAGCAACAACACCACACCAAACAGCAGCAACAGGAGGACGAAAUGCAAAAACUCCUUCAUCAGAUAGAUCAACGAAAUCAGCAGCUAAAACAACAGCAACAACAACAGUUGUACAAGCAACCACAUCAACAGGAUAAACGAAUGGCAAAAAUCAUUCCGAUGCAACAGCAACAGCAUCGGCCAACACCGUUUCAACAAUUUCUUCAAGAAGCAUGUCAGCGGAAAUUGGAUAAACAGCAGCAGCAGCAGCACAACAGCAGCAACAGCAACAGCGGCAACAGCAGCGGCAACAGCGGCAACAGCGGCAACAGCGGCAACAGCAGCGGCAACAGCGGCAACAGCAGCAACAACAUCAACAACAACAGCAACAACAAUAGCAACAGCAUCGACAGCAUAUUGCUCAUCCAUUUUGUCAAAAUGGCUUCAGCACUAUCGAGUGGUGCAACCGAGAACCUGUCAAAGUUUCUCCAGAAUUUAAAAGAAGAUCUGCAAUGCCCACUGUGCCUUGAUGUCUUUGAAGACCCAGUGUUUCUUCCGUGCCAGCACAGCUUUUGCCGGGAGUGCAUAGGGGGAGUUACCCGCCCUCGCGACAACGGAUUAGAGGGAGUAGUUGAAUGUCCACUUUGUCGUAAGAAAACACAGCUCGAUGCUACCGGUAAGGAGUGCCUACCGAGAAAUUUCCACCUGGCUGGAAUCAUUGAGAAGUUUCAUGACGCGGAGAAGGAGAGGGACAAGUCAGAGCAGCAGCAGCUGGAGCAACAACACCAGACCCAACAGCAGCAGCAAGAGGACGAAAUGCAAAAACUCCUUCAUCAAAUAGAUCAACGGAAUCAGCAGCUAAAACAAUAUUGUGAACAACAUCAGCAGCAGCAGCAGCAGCAAAAUAAUGAGAAACAAAUUCAAAAAUUCUUUGACUGGAAGCGUCAACAAAAUCAACGGCUACAAAAAUGUUUUGAACACAUACAACAGCAAAAGCAUCAGCCACAGCAGCAGAAACUGCAGCAGCAGCAGCAGCAG